AGAAGGCACCACGAAACGAUUCGUGAAGAUUCUUCCUCUCAACGGCUGAUGCAAACGGCGAAAUAAUUAAAUGUGCGGUAGUAUAAAUAUAAAUAUCCACGUGGGUACGAUCUAUCUUUACAUUGUGCAAAAAAACGGAUUGUCAUAUUUAUUGUACAGCAGCAGGACCUCGUGACCGAUGAUUCAGCACUGUCACGUGUAAAUGAGUCACAAGUGUCAAGAGAGCGUCACUUUCGACAAAAUUAAUUAAACUACGCAUCUGAAGAAACACAUAACUCGUGACUGUAUUCCCCAUCACCCCCACUCGUCAUUCUCUCUCUCUCUCUCUCUCUCUCUCUCUCUCUCUCUCUCUCACUCAUCUUGCUUUCUUUUGAACGAUUUGUUGAUAUACAAUCCGCUACAUUCGCUGUUUCAACGAUAACAACUGAUAUCGGUACCGAGGUGGGUUCGAGGAAGAAUAAGAGAAUUUUUACAGUAACACAGAUUUUAUGUGCGCAUGUGUGGUAAAUAAAUAGCAUUCGAUUGACGUUGAAAUACUUACAAUUGAAAGCGACAACGAAAAUAUGUUGAAGCCGAAAGCUCUCACGCAAGUUCUUAGUCAAGCAAACACCGGAGGUGUGGAGAACACUUUAUUACUUAACAGAGAUGGUGGAUUAUUAGCAUACAGUGGUUAUGGAGAUAAAGAUGCCAGAGUGACAGCUGCCAUCACGAGUAACAUUUGGACCGUUUAUGAGAAAAAUGGAAGGAAUGCCUUUAAAGAAGAUGAAUUACAGUUUGUUCUAAUGGAUUGCAUGGAAGGAAAAGUUGUUAUCACAGAAGUAGCUAACUUGCUGUUAUGUUUGUAUGCAAAAGAAAAUGUAGGAUUUGGAUUGUUACGAGAAAAGGCACAGGCAUUAGCUCAGUAUCUCGAUCAACCUUUAAAGACAAUAGCAAGUAUGCCUUGAGGGAAUCACAUUUGAUCUGUUACCAAGUAUCAGUGCAUCUUAAUAUGUUGUAUGUUUAUUCUGUAAUAUUUAUUUAUUGUUUAUAAGAAUUUAUAAUUUGUACGAAUACUGUAUACAUGUGUACAAAUAUAUUUUUAUUAAUUUUA